GUGAGGGUACGUACGCGUUCUCGACGUCACAGAUACGGGUCACUUGUCAGGAGAUUACACAUUGACCAUAAACACGUGGACCGAGAGACAGAGUGACAAAGUGUCCGAAGGAUAAAUACCAGCUGACCAUGGGGACACGAUCUGUGCUACAUUAACUGAAUAAUGGUUUCACUUACACAACUCGGCCGUAUUAAACAGUGAUUACAACAUGCAGUCUACAAACGUGAGAGCGUCACCGCCAGAUGUAAGCUCGACUCAACUUCCGUAUGCGCAUUCCCAUCAACCUCUCCUUGCCUUUGCCGGAAAUGACGUCAGAAGUUAUAUGAGUAUUACAGACCGUGAUGACGACUCAGUUUUCGUGGAAGCCGCACAUUCUUUUAUCUACUCUAAUCAAGGGAUUAAAACGCCGGCGUCAGCGCCGUCUGUAGGAGAAGAGGAAUACUCCCCACCGACCCCUCCACGGACGCCGAACCAUUCAGUCUCGGCACCCUACCAACAGUUUCAGCACAACAUACCGGAUUCUCGGGUUGGUGUCAGUAUGCGUUUAUCUCCAUUGACGGUUAGGACAGACCUGGCGUCACGUGAUGACCAGCUAGCGACCCCUACGCUUUCCUGUGUGCACUCUGACCCGUGUUCUCUGACGUCACCACGACAUACUCUGUUCCGGGACGACAUGGACAGUAUGUUAAAAACCAAACACGCCAUGGAGCGAUACCUGUACGAGACUAUAGAGCGCCAGCAGAUGAUUCACUCAGUAAAAACCGCUUAUGCUGACACUAAACUGAAGCCAUUCCCACUGAAAGAUCCGCCAAAGUCAAAAUUCAAACGUCAGAUCUCUACAGAGUCGAAUGAUCCGGGCGACAUCAAGAUGGGGAUUAAGAGUCCCGUGAAAAGGCUCCAGACGUAUGACGAGCCGGAUUACACUGCCAAGAUGGGUUUACAGAACAGAGGCAGGUCUACUGGAACCAUGAGUCAGCAUACAGACGCCCCUUGUAGUGAUGCUGAUAAUAAAAAGGAUGGACCUGCUAGCCAACACCCAUAUGCAAUGAAUGUAAAAUGGAUAUACAGUGAAACUGACCCAUCACCUAAAAAGGAAGAAGACUUUACAGAAAUAUCUGUGGUAGAAGAAAUGUCUAAACGCAACAAUGAGAGUAAAGAAAGGUCUGACUUGUCGUUCGGCCAAAGAGGCCAUGACACUGUACGACCGACUGUGACGAAUGAUAAUAUAGGUCGAGUCCCCAACACAGCAGGUUUCCGUAGUAACGAACUGAACAGUGGAAUAGGUCGUAACAAUGAAAUGGAAAACGUUCAGUCUGAGAUUAACAAGUACCGGACUGAGGUAGAUAAUAUAAGGACAUCGAUUGAGUUCAGUAAUGAGAAGGAUCGUCUCAGCGUUUCGGCAAGUCCACGGAAGACAGCAGAAGUGAGCAAGGGGAUACGCCGCGGAUGUGAUAUGAACACCUCUGAUACGGUAAGACUAGCCGACUACAAUAAACAGAAAAUCGGUGAAGAUUUACAAAUGAUGAUGUCUAACCUCCGAAACCGCGAUGGUCGUACCACUAGUACCGCCACGACAGAAGUGUCUCACGUCACCCCCAAGGGAUUUGUCUUCCCGCCCAAAGCAAACAUUCAGGACCCCGUGCCGAUGAGUCCGAGGAUAGUUUGCACGUCCAUUCGCCCGCCAUUCUCCGCCGCCGGCGACGCUACUUCACGCACUGUCUCUACACAAAGAAAUGCCCCAAUGACGUCACAAAGGCCUGUGUCUGUUACUUCAACACGUACUGCAUGUUUAAGCAGACAAAUGAUGCCUUCUCCUACAUCAAAAGAGCAGACGAUGUACGGAAGAGACAACUCCCAUUACCAAAGAGACGUCCCUAGUGGUCAGAGGCGUCGGUUCUUCCACAGCCUGAGUGAUACAGAUCAUUCCCCGUCCAAACAUGACAUAGAACAAUUUAAGUGCCUUGACAGAACUAUUUCUGAUCCCUCGUGUUUCCCACCGUCCAAAAAGAACAUGUUGACAGAGGAUAUAAUUCGAAUUGAAACCAAAUACCUGGGGGCGGGAAGCCAGUAUGAUGACGAGGACAUGUCCCGGUCCUAUAGUGACGAGGGCAGGCAGUACACGUCACCACAGUACCCUCAGGCUGAGAGGCAACCAGGGGGGUCUGCCUACUACGGGUCGGAUUCAGCCAGACGACAGCUGUUCUCAGAGGCCAGCAGUGUACAAACGCAAUACAAACAUCGCGUGCCUAGAGACACGACAGACAGAAUACCGGACGAGAUGGCGUCCUACCUCAUCAAGUCUAAGUUCUGCACAGCUGAUGACAUCAUUAGUUUCAAUGAAAAAGAGAAGCAAUGUCCUAGGGAGACGCAAGACUACCGGCUGCCUAGGGAAUGGAUCAUGGCCAGACACGUGGCUGGGAAUUACCGUCUACAGGAGGAAUAUAGUGUCCGUCCACAGGAAGAGUAUAGUGUCCGUCCGCAGGAGGAAUAUAGCGUCCGUCCACAGGAGGAGUAUAGCGUCCGUCUACAGGAGGAAUAUAGCGUCCGUCCACAGGAGGAGUAUAGUGUCCGUCCGCAGGAGGAGUAUAGCUCCAGACUCCAACUACCUCCACCGCAAGUGGCCUACCAGGGACCUUCCCCGCCACAAAGGAAACGCAAUCGAGGUGAGGUGGAUAUCCGUAUGGUGUGCGAGGACUUCCGGUUGUCAGAUAACGCCAAACAGCAUCAAGAGAACUUCCGUCUUGCUGAUGAGCCUACCAGGAACUGCAAGUGUGCUAACGUUGAAAACGAGAUUCUCGACAUGGCACAUGACGCGUUCCAGAAAAUUCGACGGAAAGAUGAUUCCAAUGAAGCCAUGGAGCAGUUCGGAAAGGAGGUUCUGGAAACAAAAUCUAAGAUCAACGAGGCUUUGGACAUAUUACGUGGUGUUAAAGCGAUAUGUAAACAUGACCGAGACAUCGUAGACAUGUUUAGCGGGAGUGUUGUAUUCAGAGUGCGAUGCCCAACCGUUUUUGCACUUAACGACCUCUGGGACUCUUAUCAGUCAGGAGAUUUAGCAACUACUUUGAAUAGACAUUUCAUUACGGAUACCCUCAGAUCGAAGUAUUUAGACAUGGAUAUAGGUUUAGUGGUGACUAUAUCCGAGGACCAGUACCGACGGGCGUGGCGAGAGCUGGGUACCAUUAUGUCCCCUGGCCGAUUGGAUAGCUCUUUGUCAAAGAGUGAUACAGAAAUAGCAAGUAUCACAGGGGAUUCUCUAAAGGAAAACGUUGAUUGUACCAAGGUGGUGACGUCAGCUUCCCGUCUUCGCGUCAUCCACAGUCGGUGCCAGUCUGCCCCAGUAACACACUCACCAUCCCCAACCUCAAGUCCGUCAUGGCUCCCCAAGUCUCCCAUGUCACCGCUAGGGGGCGACCGGAAGUUUACAUUUCCUGGUGAACCUUCAUCACGGCGUUUAUUUCAAGAACGUACUAAAGGAUCCUGCUCCCCCACCAUGAAGAAGCUAUUUGACUUCGAACUGAGUCUAUCCCCAAAAACAUCGCCAAAACGAAAAACAUUUGCAGAGGGCUUUCCACGGGAAAAUAUCUUACCGGAGGUACACUCCCCUAAACGGAAGAAUGUUGGAACAAGCUUCCCUUUCAAAGACAAAAGUAACGACGUCGACACGUAACGCAACAUAACCAACAGAUUAGCUAAGUGUCGAUCUCUGAGUGAUCUAAUUUGUUGAAAUUAGUGACUACAUUCAGUCAUGUUCUGCUUUGAAGUGUCCGUCAAUGUAACGGAAUAUCUAAACUUACUUGACAUGGACAUUUUGAGUAAAUGAGUUAAUGCAUGUGACCAUGCUAGGUCUGGGUGACCAUGCUAGUCUGGGUGACCAUGCUAGGUCUGAAACUGAAGUAUUAUCAUUGUGCUAUGUGCUUCGCAAUCAUACCUUGUACUUGUUCACUUCAAACUUAUAAUUGUUUUUUCCCUAUUACACAAACAUUUAACAGAGUCUCCUAACUAAACACUACUCGCGGGUAGCUUUCGGUGACCUCUGAUUGUCUUUGAGAUCAGCCGGAGGCUUCAGACAAGUCUAAUGAGUCAGUCCUGUGACCUGUAGUUUUCUCUCUGGAUCAUAUACCUUUUCAGACUGAACUUAAGGGGAUAUUCUUAGAUGUUGCGUUACCCUUUAUAGGUAAUAUGUUUAUAUAUGUAAAAACAAUAUGUAUUUAUAUGUAUGUAUGACGUAUGACAGCUAUCAAAUAAGACGUUAACUGAUCGCGGUUGGAAGUGUUCACGUUGGCAAUGCUUUUGAAAUGUUUAUAUUCGAUGUAUCUUUAAUCUAUAUAAUCCAUAAACAUUGUUUGGGAUAUUUUCGAACUAAUUGACUGGAAGCGACAAACGCAAAUACUUCCACACCGCGCAAAUAUUCUCUUUACUGAAUUUUGUUUUCCAAUUUGUUACGGAG